AUGGCAAAGCUGUUUCUGCACAUGCUGUCGAAGCAGCGUGUGACCGUGCACAUAGAGGCUGUCUCAAACCCCCGGGAGGGGGGCACCUCCCCGAGCCCCCCACCCCCAAUUUCUGCAGGGCACACCGCAGGGGGCGAUGCCUCCGGCAGCCGCAACCGGGCUCGGAACCGGGAGCGGGGCCGGGGGCUGCGGGCACCGGGGGCGCUCCCCCCCACCACCACCACCCCCGCGCCGCCCCUGCGGAGCCGCCGGCGGGCGGUGCCCGGCGCAGCCUGGCCGUGCUCUGCCGCCUCCCCCGGUGCCACCGAGCCCAAACUUUGCCGGGAGCCCCCCACCCCUCACACACAAAGCCCCGGUGGCAGCCCCCCCGGCUCACCUGAGCUCCGGGCGGCGGAGAGGGGCCGCGGCCGCCCCGGGGCUCCCCGAGCCCAUCCGGGGGAGCUGGGGAGAGAGGAGCAGCAGCGGCAGCGGCAGAGCUUGCGGGCUCCUCUUGCAUCUCCCAGGCACUGCAGAGGCUGCACGUCCUUUGGGAGGAGGAGCAGGGACAAAACAUGGCUGGAAAACAGCAAAAGCAGGACCCACACAAUCUGUCCCCCCUCCCAGAGCCGUGCGGGCAGUGGUCUGCAGCUUCUAGAACCCACGCUGAGCACAGCAGAGCUCCCACUGCACGCGUUCCCCCGUCCUUUCUCACGUCCUGCUCCGAAGCUGGGAGGACUGGCUUCCAGGACAGAGGAGCGGAGCUGCUCAGCUGCUCCGUCCAAGGCAGAGCCGGGGUCAGGAGCCUGUGCCAGAGCAUGGAAGAUGUUUCCAGGGAAAUCAGACACGGUGGUGUCAACAGGGACUGCAGGAGCUCAUCCUCCAUCGGGGUAGGGUUUGGAUGCUCAGAGCAGACCCACACAGCAACCGACAGGGACAAAAAUAAACGCCUGCCAUUUGGAGGAGAAACCAUCCCACACACGGAGGGUGAGGUGGGCUUGGCAGGGAAACACAAGCACCACCUGCUGCUGCAAACGCUUGGCACGUGUCCCCAAGGAGAUCUAAGCAUGUGCCGAAGAGCUUCUCUUGUCCAAGCAGUUAUUGCACAGUUAUUGCAGUUAUUGCACGGUUAUUGCAGUUAUUGCACGGAUAUUGCAAUUAUUGCAUGGUUGUUGCAAUUAUUGCAUGGUUAUUGCAGUUAUUGCACAAUUAUUGCAAUUAUUGCAUGGUUAUUGCAGUUAUUGCACAGUUACUGCAGUUGUUGCACAGUUACAGACCUCCCUACAACCAGAGCUCAUCAGGCAGUUUUAAUCCAGCAUUGCAUCCUUUCCAGAAGAAAUCAGUUCCGUGAGAAAGCUGGUGGUGUGUUUUUUUUUUUUUUUUUCAAAAUCAUGCGAUAUUUUCAAUAUAUUUUAAGAAAGCGGUUUCAUUAAGUUUUUGCUGCAUUUGCCUUUUAAAAAUUGUGGGGUUUGUGCUGUUAUUCUCUUUUGAAAUAUAUGUAAAUCCCAUCAAACAGCUUCAGUUAGCUUCCAAUUGGUAGCAGCGCAGCAGCAGAGUGAAAGUGAAUGAAAUUGAAAGCAUGUAAGGGAACCACAAGAUUUAGAUCAAGGAUAAUGAUAGAAGUAACUUACUGACCUAUUAACCUGUAGCCGUUUCUCCAUUAAAAGUUGUUUGAGAACCAGCAGUACAA